AAGCCAAGCCAAUUUGUUCAACUCUGCUUCCAGAAAGAAGAGAACGAUUCUACUCUCUAUCUAUCUCUAUCUGUUAGCCGUUAACUUUCAGUUUACUUUCUGAGCAGUUUCCUUCGAAUUCAAUUGUCUUCUUCUUCUUCUACUACUAUUCAUAUUCAAAACCCUAAUAAACAAAUCCCAUUGACCUUCUUCUCUCUAAGAAACCUUUCGCCUUAGUCCUCACGUUUUCUCCAUUUCCACACAGCCUCUCUAUUUCUAUAUACAAUACACAACACAAUGCUUCUCCAUUGCUUCCAAUGAUGGAUUCUCCCUCUUCCUCUUCCUCUGAGUUUGCUUCCAUAGCCACAGCCAAUCAGAGUCUAGCGAGAAGUCGGAGAAGUGGCGAUGGCAGUGGUAGUGAAGUGGCGGUGGUGGAAGAAUCGCGGCCGUGGCAUGAUGUUUUCUGGUUAGGAAUAUUUGUAAUCCAUUUGAUUGGGCUGGGGUUCCUUCUAGGGGUUCUUGGCCUUAACAGAUUUGAGCAAGAGAAUAGACUUAACAUUGAUAAGUACACGUCUCGGUUCUCUGAGAAUGAGGCUGGGUUGACGGAGACUUACUGGCCGCUCUAUGCCGCUGCUGCUGGGGUUGGGACUGUUCUUGGAUGGAUUUGGUUGUUGUUGUUGGGUUCCCAGGCUACUCAAAUGAUGAAGUUUUCUGUCCACAUCCUCACCACUUAUCUUGCUGUCAUCAGUGUUCUGUGUUUCUGGGCUAAGCAGAUUUUCUGGGGGGUUGCUUUUGGUAUUGGAGCUUCUCUGCAGUUCUUGUAUGUCAUAUCCGUCGUAGACAGACUUCCAUUUACAAUGUUAGUUCUGCAAAAAGCUGUGAAGAUGGUUUGGAGUCUUCCUGAGGUUAUGAGAGUGUCAUACGCAUUUAUGCUUGUUGUGCUUUUAUGGAUGGUGUUAUGGUCAUUUGGAGCAGCAGGUGUUGUGGCUUCAAGCAUGGGUGAUGGCGGACGCUGGUGGCUUCUUGUGGUUUUCUCUGUAAGCUUAUUUUGGACAGGCGCAGUACUCUGUAAUACUGUACAUGUUAUAGUGUCUGGGAUGGUGUUUCUUGUUCUUCUCCAUGGCGGUAGAGAGGCAGCAUCGAUUCCUGCUAACUCCUUAAAGAAAUCUUUACAGUCUUCUUUAACAACAUCUUUUGGCAGCAUUUGCUAUGGCUCGUUAUUUACUGCUGCUAUUAGGACACUACGGUGGGAGAUUCGUGGAAUUCGGUCAAAGAUUGGCAAUAAUGAGUGUUUGCUUUGCUUUGUUGAUUUCCUUUUCCAUCUUGUGGAGACUCUUGUUCGUUUUUUUAACAAGUAUGCCUAUGUUCAGAUUGCUGUUAAUGGCAAAAGCUUCAACCAUUCCGCUAGAGAUGCGUGGGAGUUAUUCCAGUCAACUGGAGUUGAAGCUCUUGUGGCCUAUGAUUGUUCAGGUGCUGUCCUGCUCAUGGGCACCAUUUUUGGUGGGCUGAUAACUGGAACUUGCUCUGGGAUUUGGGCAUGGGUUAAAUGGAGUGACAGAGUUAUUAUGAUUGGGUCCACGUCCAUGCUGAUGGGGAUGGUACUGGUUGGGUUGGCAAUGGUAGUGGUGGAAAGUGCUGUUACAUCCAUAUAUAUCUGCUAUGCAGAAGACCCCUUAUUGAUUCAUAGAUGGGACGCUGACUUUUUCAACCAGAUUUCUGAGACACUGCAUGAACGACUUCAAUAUAGGAGUGCUCGAGGAAGGGAAGUUUUGACCCACUCGCGGCUCCAAGAAAACGCCUCUAUUUGAGUCUGAGGAAUUGCAUUGUUUCGUAUUACCACACUUUGUUUAUCCAUUAUGGUUCAUUCAUGUCUAGCAUAUUUUCCCUUUUUUGUGUGGUUUUUAAUAGGGUAAUUUUCAUAUUGUGUGUUAAAUUAAUAGGAAUAGGAGAAAGUCCAUGUUGUCUCAUGGUCUUUUCGUGUAUAAGAAUGCAUAGAUAAAACACAAAAUGUACAGUUUCUAUUAAUUUUGGCAAAGAAAUAAAAGCUUACGUUAUUGAGAUA